GGUUGACUUUGAACAUUCUAAAUGCAGACACUUUAAAAAACAAAGAAAUUUGCAAGUUAUGGCUAAAACAAACUUAGAUUACUAUUGGCAAUGUUUCAGAGGUGUCAGUUUUGUGUUUCUGAUAUUUUUUUCAACUUAUUUUGGAACAAUUUUUAUAUUGACACCAUUCCUGCCAUUGUAUUUUGUUGCACCAGUAUUUGCAAGGAGUAUCACUGAUAAGAUAAUCUGGUGUUGGAAACUGUAUUGCGUGUCCAUUUAUGAAGUAAUUUUCCAGACAAAGGUCAGAAUAUAUGGGAAUGUUCCAAGUAACGAAGCAGCCAAUCUAAUGAUAAUGAACCAUCGAACAAGGUUUGACUGGCUCUACCUGUUUUCAUACCAAGUGAGGCAUGCAUCUCUCAGGCGCUAUGCUAUCAGCUUAAAGAAUGGUCUAAAAUUUCUGCCUGGUAUAGGUUGGGCCAUGCAGAUUGCAGGUUUUGUAUUUCUGGACAGAAAAUGGGAAGAUGAUCAAGAAACAAUAUCAAGAUGUCUGCAAGUUUUCAAACACACCAAUUAUAAACCCCAGAUCUUGCUGUUUCCAGAGGGUACAGACCUGACCAAGAAUACAAAGAAGCGCAGUGAUGCACACGCUGAAAAAUAUAGCCUACCAAAGUACGACUUUGUGCUGCAUCCAAGAACCACAGGAUUUACACAUUUUGUACAAGAAAUGAAAAAAAAUGAAAUCCUAGACUGUGUCACAGAUAUUACUAUAGCCUAUCCUGGUACCAUUCCACAAAAUGAAAUGGAUAUAAUCAAGGGCAACUUUCCAUCAGAAAUCCAUUUUUUAAUUGACUGGUAUCCUAAUAAAGACAUUCCAAUACACAAAGAUGACCUUGACAAUUGGUGUAAAGAAAAAUGGAGUCAGAAAGAGGCUGUCCUGAAAGAAUUUUAUGAAAGGAAGACAUUUGAGAAAGGCGUUGAGGAGCUUUAUUCGAAUGAAAGUUUGAUCGGAGCAUUGUUUAUGUAUAGUUGGGUAACUUGGACAACAUGGCAUGUGUUUAUUACAUAUAUGCUGUGGAGUCACCCUGUGUUAUGGUUAUAUGUUAUUGCGUGUACAAUAAUGUAUGUCUGUGUAUCAAAAUACACACAAGGGUUUAACUUGCUUAUUGCUAAAGCAAUGAAUAUUCAGUAAAAUUUCUGUUGUUUUAUUCUUCAUAAUUUAUUCAUUAUUGUUGUAAGGUUACACAUUUUUAGUGAUGGUCUAAGGCUGUUAGUGAUAGCCUAAUGUUGUAUUUAAGUAUUUAUGUGAGAUAUUUAUUCUUAUACAUCCCUGUAUCUGUAUUGAUCUCAUGUCCGAUAAUCGGAUACUGAACAAAAAGAGCCAGUCUUUAAUCGAUUUUUAAUGUGUACCUAAAGUCAUCUUUUUUUCGAUUUUUAAGUAGGUAUAUUUUUAUAUAGAAUUUGCAUCACCAAAGAAUGCAUCUUUAAGGUAGUAUUUUCCAAUUACGGGCAGUUAUUUAUGCUUUAAUACCGAAUUGCUUUAUUUUUCUAUGAAUCUAAAAAAGAGAUAAUGUUUCAUUCCUUUUACCUUUAAUGUUUUCAUUCCGUUUACAAAGAUAAUGUCCUAGAAUUUGACCAGGAUGUACUUAUUUUUGACCUUUAUAUUCUAGCACUUUGGGGUGACAACAGUAAAGGUUAAAACCUUAUGUAAUAAUAUGUAAAACUUUUAUAUAUAUAGUAGAAUGUAUUUAAAUUAACCAGGGUGCUUAUUUUCUAAUGAACCUUACUACUUGAGAUUUACAAUAUUAUACAAUUGUUGACUCUUUGGCCAUUUGACAUGAUGUCCAUGUAAUAUUUAUCAGAAGAAGGCAGUAUUGACCACUGUGAGGUCAAUCAGUGUUGACCUACAUGAGGUUAGUAUUAUCUCCUUAUCAUGAAUAUCAAUUGUUUGACUUUUUGUAUCAAAGGCAUAAGCAAACAAAAUUAAAGAAUGUUGAAUAUGAUUUGUACUUAAGUAAAAGGUGCAAUUUUUAACCAAUAGAAAUGAGCUUAUUCACAGAUCAUAUAAUAAGAAUUCAUAAUUUUUGAAAGUUUCUGUGCCAUAUAGUAAAUUUUUAAUGAAAGGAAGAUAUUUUUAUACUUUUCACCUGUUAAUAAUGUCACAGAGAAAUUUUAUAUUGAAUAAGAAAACAUGUUGUUCAGCUCAAUAUUUUUAUACAUUCUUAAAGUUUUGAAAAAAGGUUACAAAAUUUUCUUUGAAAAUGUUCGGUGAUUUUUAUCAAUGACUGGAUGUUUUUCUCAAAUUGUCUCUAUUUGAGUGAAUAUUGCACACUGUUUUUUCAUGUUUAUGCAGUUGAUUGUAUAUGUACAGUCAACUCUGUGUAUAAGGACUAUGCUUGGGGAGUGAAAAACUGGCCUUUAUUGGCUUUUGAUCCUGAUGGGGGAGUGAAAACCAGGCCAUUAUUUGCAGGUGAUCCUUAUCGGGG